AUGCUCAAUUCUAAGAACAUUUCCAACCUGUUGUCGCAGACACUAGAUCCCGUUCCAGAAAUCACCAGGUCAAAGCCCUACUCAAUCUCGCUUUUAUCGACGUCCUCCAAAAAACCACUUGUCUCAUGCUUCCAGAACACAAUCGAAGAAGAUACAAAAGGCGGUGAUAAUGAUUUCCUUAAUGCUGACAUAACGCCAUCGGACAACCUGCGAAUCAUGUCGCUUACAAGCUUGAAGGCAUGGGAGCAACGUGCAAAAUCAGAACAUAACUGGCUCGUGAUACGCUUCAAUUCGUAUUAUAUCUACCUCUACAAGAUCAACGACGAAUAUUUGGUAAUGCUUUGUUGCGAUUUACAAUAUCCAAAGGUGCUGGCCAUCAAGAAACUGGAGAAGCUGAGCGAGGCCAUGAAGGAUAAACUGUGA